AUGAGUGGCCUGGUGCAAAACAAAAAGUGUUUGGGAUUGGCCAUGUUCGCAUCUCUCAGUGGUGUCCUCUAUGGCUACAACCAGGGUGUGUUUGGUCAGGUCCAAGUGAUGGCUGACUUCGAGCACCGCUUCUUUACUACUCUUAACAAUUCUUCGACCAAAGGUCUUCUCACUGGCAUUCUAGAACUGGGAGCAUUUGUCGGAGCCUUAAGCAGCAGUCCCCUCGCGGAUAAGUUUUCGAGGAAGCUUUCAAUUUCAGCCUGGUGUGUUGUCUUUAUCCUAGGGGUCGCCCUCCAGGUAGGCGCGACCAAUGACAUUGCCUAUAUUUACUCCGGUCGUUGGUUUGCUGGGAUGGGUGUUGGUGGACUUUCCGUCAUUGCACCCAUGUUCAACGCCGAACUUGCGCCUGCAUCUAUCAGAGGUACUCUGGUAGGUCUGCAACAAGUAGCGAUUUGCUUGGGCAUUAUGAUAUCGUACUGGAUCGGUUACGGCACGAAUUACAUCGGCGGAACCACCUACCCACAACAAUCCAGCGCAGCUUGGAGAAUUCCACUUGCGCUCCAGCUUCUCCCGGCGAUUAUCCUUUGCAUCGGCUCCUGGUUUCUCCCAUAUUCCCCUCGAUGGCUGAUGCUAGUAGGCAGGGAAGAGGAAAGCCUUACCGUCCUCGCUCGCCUUCGAAACCAAGACACCAAUUCUCCAGAAGUUCAGUAUGAAUACCGGACGCUUAAAGUUGGAGCCUAUGCAGACCGAGAAGCUUCGCGUCUGCGCUAUGGAACCGAAGAGAAGACUUGGCGUACUGAGGUGCUCGAAUAUGAGCGGAUCUUCACAACAAAGGUGUUGCUACAUCGGGUCGGCCUCGGCGCGGGCGUUCAAGCUUUUGGCCAGUGGUCAGGCAUCAAUGCAAUCAUUUACUACGCUCCAACAGUUUUCGCACAAGUUGGCCUUUCGGGCGGGAGCAUUGGAUUACUUGCGACUGGAGUUGUGGGUAUUCUGAUGUUCUUCUUUACGAUUCCAGGUACGCUCAUGGUAGACAAGGUUGGUCGAAAGCCAAUGCUAGCUUGGAGUUUGGUUAACAUGGGCAUCGCCCAUGCCGUUGUUGCCGCGCUGAUUGCUACGUGCGGAAAUAACUUUGGGGAACAUAAAAGUGCCGGUAACGCUGCUAUUUUCCUCAUUUACUGGAUCGUGGUCAAUUAUGCAAUGCCUUACGGGCCUGUCGGCUGGAUCAUCACCGCAGAGUCGUCAUCGCUCGAUAUACGUGCCAAGGGAGUCGCUAUCGGAUCUGCCGUGAACUGGAUUAUGAACUUUGCUGUUGCACAAGUCACGCCUGUUAUGAUCACAAACAUUGGCUACAAGACGUUCAUAGUGUUCUUUUGUUUUUGUGUUCUCGGUCUGGCCUGGGUCUACUUUAUUCUGCCAGAGUUGAAAGGAUUGUCACUCGAGGAAAUUGACGCCGUUUUUGCAGAUGAGAUCAGCACAGAGGAUCGCCUUCGUCGCGAGCAAAUCCAAUUUCAACAAGUUGAAAAAUCCUCCUGUUCAGAAUGA